CCUUCGCGUCUUCCUUCCGGGUCGCGCUGGGCCGCGCUCGCCGCCGCCGCGCCGCAGCGCGGGACUCUGGGAGCCGCCCCCGCGCCGGUGUCUCCCGGUGCCGCCUGGGUCGCUGGUGAAGCCCACGGCGCGCACCUCUCCCGGACCCUACAGGGUAAAAGAAUGUGACAUUUCAACAUUGGAACCUGAAAUCAGCAUGCAAUUUUCAAGGCACAUGGAUGAAUGCCAACUUUUACAUUUCCUGUGUGUAUCCUGUGACCAUUCUCUCUGGGAACAUCCUUCAAAGAGUUCAUGCGUCUUACUGAGGACACCUGACCUUUUGAAGCUUCAUAAUUCACACCUAGAUGUCACCAGUCUUUCCCAUGUUAACCGUUCUGACUAUGUUUUAUUAUAUAUGCCUUCGGCGCCGAGCCAGGACAGCUACAAGAGGAGAAAUGAUGAACAGCCAUAGAACUAUAGAAUCAAACAGCCGGACUUCCCCUCUCCACGCAGAGGUGGUCCAGUAUGCCAAAGAAGUAGUGGAUUUCAGUUCCCAUUAUGGAAGUGAGAACAGUAUGUCCUAUACCAUGUGGAAUUUGGCAGGUGUACCAAAUGUAUUUCCAAGUUCUGGUGACUUCACUCAGACAGCCGUAUUUCGAACUUACGGAACAUGGUGGGAUCAGUGUCCUAGUGCUUCCUUGCCAUUCAAGAGGACGCCACCUAAUUUUCAAAGCCAAGACUAUGUGGAACUUACUUUUGAACAACAGGUGUAUCCUACAGCCGUUCAUGUUCUGGAAACCUAUCAUCCUGGAGCAGUCAUUAGAAUUCUGGCUUGUUCUGCAAAUCCCUAUUCCCCAAUUCCACCGGCUGAAGUAAGAUGGGAGAUUCUUUGGUCAGAGAGACCGACGAAGGUGAAUGCUUCCCAGGCUCGCCAAUUUAAACCUUGUAUUAAGCAGAUAAAUUUUCCCACAAACCUUAUACGGCUGGAAGUAAAUAGUUCUCUUCUGGAUUAUUACACCGAAUUAGAUGCAGUCGUGUUACAUGGUACGAAGGACAAGCCAGUGCUUUCUCUCAAGACUUCACUUAUUGACAUGAAUGAUCUAGAAGAUGAUGACUAUGAAGAAAAGGACGGUUGUGGAAUGGACAGUCUCAACAAAAAGUUUAGCAGUACUGCCCUCAGGGAAGGGCCAAAUAAUGGAUAUUUUGAUAAACUGCCUUAUGAGCUCAUUCAACUGAUUCUGAACCAUCUUACACUGCCAGACCUGUGUAGACUAGCACAGACUUGCAAACUACUGAACCAGCACUGCUGUGAUCCUCUACAGUACAUCCACCUCAAUCUGCAGCCGUACUGGGCAAAACUAAGUGACACCUCUCUGGAAUUUCUGCAGGCACGCUGCACCCUUGUUCAGUGGCUCAACUUGUCUUGGACUGGGAACAGGGGCUUCAUCUCUGUUGCAGGAUUCAGCAGGUUUCUAAAGGUUUGUGGAUCUGAAUUAGUGCGCCUGGAAUUAUCCUGUAGCCACUUUCUUAAUGAAACUUGCUUGGAGAUUAUUUCUGAGAUGUGUCCAAAUUUACAGGACUUAAAUCUCUCAUCCUGUGAUAAAUUACCACCUCAAGCUUUCAACCACAUUGCCAAAUUAUGCGGUCUUAGACGACUUGUUCUCUAUAGAACAAAAAUAGAGCAAACAGCACUGCUCAGCAUUUUGAACUUCUGUUCAGAGCUUCAGCACCUUAGUUUGGGCAGUUGUGUAAUGAUUGAAGACUAUGAUGUGAUAGCCAGCAUGAUAGGAGCCAAGUGUAAAAAACUCCGAACUCUGGAUCUGUGGAGGUGUAAGAAUAUUACUGAGAACGGGAUAGCAGUACUGGCUUCUGGGUGUCCGCUUCUGGAGGAACUCGACCUUGGCUGGUGCCCUACACUGCAGAGCAGCACCGGGUGUUUCGCCAGACUGGCACGCCAGCUCCCAAACUUGCAAAAACUCUUUCUUACAGCUAACAGAUCUGUGUGUGACACAGACAUUGAAGAACUGGCAUGUAAUUGUACCCGAUUACGGCAACUGGACAUACUAGCAAGAGCAAGGAAAUAUGGAGAGUUCCAGUCUGACAUGGCAACAUAGGAAGACUCUGAACUCAGCUCCACGGAACACAGCAGUUUAUACCUGCUUAUAGAGCAGUUCCUCCUGAGAGAACUGAGGGCUGACUAAACAGCUUCUGCAAAACCAUAGAAUGGCAAGAGAACAGCAAGAAAAACUGAGACACAGUAACAAAGGGAACCUCCACCUCUGACAAGGCCAACAGCAGUUGGGGGGGGGGGGGCGAGGGGGGGAUAGUACUGAGGGACCAGGAACAGAUCUCUGUCCUUGGGCACAGGAUAAAAGCCUCAGUGGAGAAGAGCAACUAACACAUAAGAGAGACAACAGUAGAACUCUACCAAAUUGCAGAGGGACUGUGGGUCACUCUCCAGGUCAAAGGGACUGGAGGACAACACAGUUUGUGUUCCCACCCCACCUUAAAAGCCUAGACCCCACCAGGAUCUAGACACCAGCAGGUCCGGUCAUCAGAGUGCACCUGUAACCUCAGCAAGACCAGAGUCCACAGCCCAUGCCACCUUUGGGGGCAGUGGCACUGGGGCAUAGAAAAUAAACUGGGUUUAUUUGUGCGUGUGGUUUUGGUUUUGUCUUGUUUCGUUUUUGUUUUCCUUUUUUUUCCCUUUUUAUCCCUUUUUUUUCUUUUAUUUUUCUAUCAUCAUCAUCAUCAUCAUCAUCAUCAUCAUCAUCAUCACCUUUCUCUAAAAGCCAUGAUUUAAAAGAGCAACUAGCAGAUAGAAGAGUCAACUCUAGAACUCCACCAAACAGUGGGGAGAGCUGCUAGAAUGCUCUCUGGGUGGGAGGAGCUUAUGUACAUGGUCUGCACUCUCCCUCCACCUUGAAAGCACAGACCAGUGCACAGUCUGGCACCCUAACUGGCCUCCUGCCUCAGUGAACCCUGAGCCCUUAGCCCACACCAGCCCCAGCUGUCCUACCUAGGCAGCCACAAAGUCGUACACACCAGGACACCCCUGGUUAGUGCUCACUCCAGCCCCAGUCUUCACAUCAAGGUGACACAGGUGCAGACAUCCCAGAACACUCCAGGCGCACACCACUUGUGCUUCCAGUGACUUGCUAGGGCACCCACAGUGCAGAGUGCUUCACCAUCUUUGGCUGACAUCUGCUUCAGCUCCAGCCAUCCUGCCAGGGCACACCUGUGUGGAGCACCCCAGAACACUUCCACCCAUGCCAACCUCAGCUCCAUCCACCCAGCCAGGGCGCCUCCAUUGGACAACCUGACUUGCUCCUAAUUCAAUUUCAGCUAUCCUACCAGGGCAUGUUGUGUGUGGAGAGCCCAGGGACCACAUCUUUGCUUUAGUUGUCCUGCCAAGAUGACCCCUGCAUGGAACACCCCAGGACCUCCCAACCUAUACCCCACACCAGCUACAGCCAUUAUUCAGUGCACCCUCUGUGUGGAAAUUCCAGAAACACCCAAGUUUAUAUCCAUUUCUGCUUCAGCUGUCUUUCCAAGGUGCCUCUGUGUGGAGAGCCCCUUGUCCCCCCAGCUUGGACCCACUUUAGUUUCAACUCUCCUGCUAGGGUACCUUCUGCCUAGAGAGCUCAGGGAUCUCCUGGCCUGCACAUCGCAUCAGCUCCAGCCAUUCCGCCAAGGUACCCCUGCACAGAGCACCCUGGGACACUCUGACUUGCACCCAUUUCAGCUUCAGUUGUCCUGCUAGUGUGCUCUCCACACACAGAACCCUGGGACAUCCUGACCUGAAUCUGCUUCAGUUUUAGCUGUCCUGACAAGGGACUCACUAUGUGGAAAGUACCAGGUUCCCCUAACCCAUGCCAGCCACAGGUCCAGCUUGCCAGCCAGCAAAAGUCACCAAGCAUAUAGUCUACAUAGGGGAUGACCAAACACAAGACCAUUCCUUCAAGUUCAGGAGAAUUAGCUGCACCUCCUAAUCCAUAGAAAUAAAUGCAGAAAGUCAAGCAAAAUGAAGAGACAGAGGAAUAUGCUUCAAAAGGAAGAACAAGAGAAGGACUAAGUGAAAUAAAAAUAAACAGCAUGCCUGAGAAGGAAUCUAAAGUAGUGGUCAUUAAAAUACCAGGCUGGAGAGAACAGUGGAAGAACCCAGUGACACCUUCAGUAAAGAGAUAGAAAAUAUAAGCAAGAGCUGAUCAGAGUUGAAGAAUACAAUAACUGAAGUAAAAAACACACUAGAGGGAAUCAACAGAUUAGCAGAUGCAGAAGAGAUCUGGAAGACAGGGUAAUGGAAAGCACCCAAGAUGAACAUCAAAAAGAGAAAAGACUUUUUAAAAAUGAAGAUAGAUUAAGAGAACCCUUGGACAACAUCAAGCAAACAAACAUUCACAUUCGGGAGUCCCAUAAGAAGAAGAGAAAGGGGUGAAAAACUUAUUUAAAGAAACGGUAGCUGAAAACUUCCCUAAUGUAGGGAAAGAAUCAGACAUCCACAUCAAAGAAGAGAGUUCCAAACAAGAUGAACCCAAGGAGGUCCACACUACAACAUGUAAUAAGUAAAGUUUUAAAGGUUAAAGAUAGAAUCUUAAAAGCAAGAGAGAAACAAAAAGUUACCUACAAGGAAAAACCUGUAAGAUAUAUCAGCUGAUUCUUCAGCAGAAACUUUGCAGGCCAGAAGGGAAUGACACAAUACAUUCAAAAUGCUGCAAGGAAAACACCUACAACCAAGAAUAAUCUACUCAUCAAGGGUGUCAUUCAGACUUGAAGGAGAGAGAGUUUCCCAAACAAAAACUAAAGGAGUUUAUCACCACUAAGCCAGACUUAGAAGAAAUGUUAAAGAGACUUCUGUAAGUCCUAAAGGAAAUGGCCAUAAUUAGACAUAGAAAAAUUAUAAGUAAAAAGAUGUAAAAUAGGACCACAUAUUCAUAAAACAUGAAGGGGAAAAAGGAAAAGAAGGUUUUAUUUUUUUCUUUUUUGUUUUUAGAAUGCCUUUGAAGUUCAUCAAAGUAAUAUAGACUGCUGUAUACUUAGGAUGCUAUAUUUGAACCUCAUGAGGUACACAAAAAAUAAGGAGAAAGAAA